AUGGAGAACCCAGAAGCGCCUACACGCACACCUAAAAAGAAGCGAUCGACAUCGAUGGCCUGCGAUAACUGCCGCCGACGCAAGAUUCGCUGCAAUCGUGAGCGACCCUGCGGGAGAUGCGUCGAUGUCAAUCUCGCAUGCGCGUACACCAGCAUCCCCCGCAGAAAAGGGCCGAAAGGGUCCAGUGCCCACGUCCUGAACUUUCUGCGAGGCCUGGGGACUCCUCCACAGCAUCAGAACCUCUUCGCGUCCGCGGUAGCAGCAACAACGACGACGACGACGACGACGACGAAUCCAGCAAGCGCGCCGGUUCUGCAUUCCAGCAAUCUUGAAAACCCCGGAUCUUCGUCACCAACCCCUUCCCUAGCUUUCUCUCAGAGCUCGCACUCAUCAACAGACCACAGCAUCCUGAGUCUGGCGACCUCCGCACGCGGCGAUGUAAAACGGCGAAUUUCGUCCACUGUCCUCGGAGCCCAUGUCGGCCUGUUUCUACAGCAUCUCUACCCAAUCAUGCCAGUGAUUGACUCCAAGCUGGCGGCCGAUUGUUCGGAUCCUGAAGCACUGCAUCCACAGCGGUAUGCGUAUAUUGUUGCUUUAUCUGCGGCGACUCACCUGCAGCUUAAUCUGGACAUUGGCGAGUAUGAAUCAGCCGGGGAUAAUCUCAUCUCGGGCCAGGACCUGAUCAACGAGGCCGUGAGGGCAGUAUGUGAAUACGACGCUCUGGAGCACCCGCACAUUGACACCCUUCUUACCAUGUUCUUCCUCUUCUGUGCCUACGGAAACUUGAACAAAUCUGACUACGCCUGGCAUUACUUGAGCCAGACAAUUUCGUUCUUGCAGAUCCUUAAACUUGACAGGGAAGAAGUAUAUGUUGGCUUUUGCCCCACUGAGGUUGAGGUUCGCCGGCGGGUCUUCUGGUUAGUCUUUGUCACUGAACGAGCAUAUGCUCUCCAGACAGGCAGGCCUGUGAUUCUUCGCCCUACUAUCCGUAGACCCUCUGUCCUCAACUCGGAAGUCCCUGCCCUACUAUAUGGCUUCGUGAGCCUCAUCGCUGUCUUUGAACAAAUGGUGCCCGAAUUUUACAACUGGAACAUCAACAUCGCCUGCGACUCGCAAGAAUGCUCGACCAUCAACUCGAUGUACAAGUCCCUUUCCAACCCUCCUGCUCUUCUCGACGAGGUAUCAGAGACCCACCAGGUAGACAUCAUCAUCAGCCAGCAGUGGCUCCGAGUCUCUCUCUGGAACUACCUGGCCAAGAGAUAUCCCUUCCACCCGCGAGACCCAACCACCACCAAACCACUCGUACCUGUCCAAAUCCCGUGGAUAGCGGGAAGAAUAGCACUGGCGUGCCUCUCCUCCGCCUCCUUGCCCUCUGUUGACGCUCACGGUAUUGGCAUGGAACAAAAGCUAUACGACAUCGGUGAGAGCAUAACCCAGCUCGUACCCCACCUCUCUAAAGCUUCCCCAUCGACUGCAAACUCCACGAUUCCCUCCUCAGCAGAUAUCAGGGACCUGCUGAAGAGCAUUCUCAAUGUUCUCUCGCGAACCCGCGGCUGUCAAUCGUACCUGUUUUCUACGCUGUUGAAGAAGUCUCAGGAUCUGCUGCAGGCCAGCCAUAUCCCGGCGCCACUUCCCACAUCCACCGAACAGUUCGAUAAUAUUGAAUGCUCUCGUUCUGAUGUGGCGGCGGAGGAGCAGCAGCAGCAGCAACAACAUACCGAUGCGGAGGCUCCUGAAUGGGCAUACCUUCCAGAGGCUGAAUUGAUCUGA